AUGAGCGCUUUUGCAGCCAGAAAGAGCUUAUGGGGAGCCCAGAUCGACUCUUCUGCCGUCGAGGCGCCCAGACAAAAACAGGAGAACAAUUCGAUCAACCAAGAAAUUAGCUCAAGGAGGCCAUCCCCUGGCCCACAGGAGUCUCUCCCGUCAGCAAUUCAAAUGGGAGAGAAUCCCCGGGCCAAACCUCAAGUGCCUCCCAGCGACGCAUCACAGCGAACUAUCCUUCAGUUCUCAUCGUUCAAACCUAAUAGGAAGAACUACCAACAGAAAUUGGAUGGUCGUACUAUCCUCAAACUAGCUGACGGAGAGCGCAUUGUGAUACUCGGCAGUUAUGGCCUUGGGAUCUUAGAAGGCGAAGUCACCAUAUUAGGGGCUACAAUACGGGCAGGUGACCCAGUCCAAUGGAUACAUGCCUCGCACUGUCAUGCACUUCCCGUUCUCCGAACGACGAAGGAUACAACCGUCGAAUUGCGGUCUCAUCCAGCCGCCAGUGAUCUGCGGGCGUUGGAGAGGCUCUCUUUAAUGUUCGGAAAGUUGUGGAACGAGACCUCUCAGCCUGGUCCCGGGUCGGGUUCAAAUAAACAAUACAACAGUACCUUCCAGAUUGUCAGCUGUUUCCCCCCUACUUCUCGGCACCACUUUAGGCCGCUAACCUCGAAGCAGGUCUAUACUUCAGAAGAUGGUCCUAAGAGAGCCAUUCUGCAGGAUCUGGUGUCACCAGCCGAAUGGAAUAAGAAGAUUGCGGAACUGGCUGGUGGCAAGCCACCGGGGCCGCCUGUCUUAUUUAUAUGCGGCCCUAAAUCCUCGGGCAAAUCUACCUUUGGAAAGCUGUUGACAAACCGCCUUGUAACGAACCAAGCCUCCUCUCGAAAGCGGGCAUGGCAAGGUGUCGCUGUGCUUGAUCUUGACCCGGGACAACCCGAAUACUCGGCACCAGGUGUUGUCUCCCUCGUUCAUGUCACCAAGCCCAAUCUUGCACCCCCUUUCUGUCAUCCCUGUCCCGACCCUGGCAAUAGAAUAGUUCGAUCACACGCCAUUGCCUCCGUCACUCCGGCGUUAGAUCCCGAGCACUACCUUGAGUGUGCUCUAGAUCUCUUUGGCCACUAUCGAGAUAAAUUGGGCACCAAAAGCCCCUUGAUUGUCAAUACUCCCGGCUGGAUCCAAGGGACAGGACUUGAUAUGCUCCUGGCGCUGGUCGAGAAGAUCCGCCCUAGCGAAGUCAUCUACAUGUCUCAAGAAGGCCCAGAAGAGACGGUUGAUGGCCUCAGGGCGGCAUGUCGACAGGUUCCGUUGUCUGCCUUGCCUUCUCAGGCAAGCGAGUACGCCUCGAGGACCGCUUUGCACCUUCGGGCAAUGCAGGCCAUGUCGUACUUCCACUCGGACAAACCUUCCCUACAAUCUCACCACUCGCGCUGGGAUCCCAGGCCCCUAGCAGAUAUGCCGCCUUGGAAAGUCAGGUUCAGGGGGCCAAGCCGGGGCUUCCUUGGCCUUCUCUGCUACGACUAUCAGCCGCCCCCGAACCUGCUCGUGGAGGCCAUCAAUGGAAUGAUCGUAGGCCUCGCAGCCAUCGAGCAAAACGCAGCAUUGAGGGAUUUGCUCGCGGGCGACUCGUCGGGCGAAAGGCCGACCCUGGGCUCCCGUUUCGGCAUGGAAUUGGGUGACAAGACGCCCGCCGAGCACGACGAAGGGGAUUUGGUCCCGCGGACACCUGAAGGGAUUCCAUUUAUCCCGAACCCCAGAGGCCGGACCUUGAAUCCUAGGUAUUCAAGGCUGCUCGGCCUGGCACUCAUCCGUGGCAUCGAUGUUCGACGGGGGGAGCUUCACAUCCUGACUCCCUUGUUAGAGAAUAUUAUCACCGACCUUGCAAGGGACGGGAAGAAGCUCGUCCUGGUAGCUGGCAAAUUUGACACCCCGAGCUGGGCGUACACUGAAGAUCUGUAUAAGCGUUCCUACGGCAGCAAUGUGGCGGGAAAUGCAGCCCAGGGAGCAGUGGAGGUGACGGACGAGGACACGGACGAUGACUCGUCUCAGGGUGGCGCCGAGGAGAGCGUCGAUGUCCUCAUCAUUGGAGCUGGCCCGGCUGGGCUGAUGAUGGCCCUCUGGAUGGCCCGACUGGGGAUCAAGACGCGCAUUGUGGACAAGCGGACGGCCAAGGUAUUUUCAGGGCAGGCGGAUGGAUUCCAAUCGCGGACUCUCGAGAUCCUGGACAGCUUCGGAAUCGGAGAGAGGGUAUGGAAGGAGGGGAACCACAUGAUCGAGGUUUGCAUCUGGAACCCGGAUUCGGACGGCCAGAUAAAGCGGGACUCGCGCGUCGCCGACGUCAUCCCGGGCCUGUCGCGUUUCAGCCAGGUCGUCCUCCACCAGGGCCGCAUGGAGCGGUUCUUCCUAGACGCCAUCCAGGCCUCGUACGCGCCGCCGCCGCCCCCCUCGGCGGACUCGCCGGCUGGCUCGGCCGAGGAGGAGCAGCCCGCGCCCAUCCGUGUGGAGCGGUGCGUCGUCCCCACAUCGAUCACCGUCGACCAAGAUAACGCCGGCGACGACGACGACGACGACGACGCGCAUCCCGUCGCUGUCACGCUGCGGCACCUGUCGGAGGAGGAGGCCACGCCGACGCAGAGGCUGAGCAACCUCAGCGACGGUCUGUUCCGCAGCAACCUGGCGGAGGACGACCUCGACGAUAUCUUGAGCAGAACCGCCAAGCGGGAGCAUCAGGAGGAAGUCGUCAGGUGCAAGUUCGUGGUCGGCUGUGAUGGAGCGCACAGCUGGACUCGGAAGGCCUUGGGCAAGGAGUUCGAAAUGGUGGGAGAGAUGACCGACUUUAUUUGGGGUGUGCUGGAUAUCGUGCCCAUCACGGAUUUCCCCGACAUAAGAAAGCGGGUGCUCAUCCAUAGUGCAUCAUCGGGAAGCAUGAUGGUCAUACCGCGGGAGAACAAGCUGGUCCGGCUGUACAUCCAAUUGACUGAAGUGUCUCCAGGUGGUGGCCGGGUAGAUCGCUCCAAGAUCAAGCCAGACAUGAUCCUGAAAGCCGCGCAGAAGAUCCUCAGCCCCUAUAAGCUGGAAUACCACUACUGCGACUGGUGGACUGCCUACCAGAUCGGACAGCGAGUAGGUCCGCAUUUCAGUAAGCUGGACCGCGUGUUCUUAGCAGGCGAUGCAGUCCAUACGCACUCGCCAAAAGCCGGCCAAGGGAUGAACACGUCAAUGCAGGACACGUACAAUCUCGGCUGGAAGAUUGGGCUCGUCUGCAAGAAGAUACUGAAGCGGGAGGUGCUGGCAACCUACCGGUUCGAGCGUCAGAUGGUAGCCAAGCAGCUCAUAGCCUUUGACCAGAAGUUCUCUGCGCUGUUCUCCGGCCGGCCGAAGAGGGAUAUCCUGGACGAGACAGGUGUCUCUGCGGCCGAUUUUGCAAAUGCCUUCGAGAUGAGCCAUAUGUUCACGACGGGGAUUGGGAUAAAUUACCAGGCCGAUCUCCUCGUCGCCAAGCCUCCCGGCAGCAGCUUCGACGAAGGCAUGCCCAUUGUCGAGAUGAGCGAGCAAGCAACCGCAAGUCCGGCGCAGAGCACGCUGUCCCUGGCCGCGAACUGCAAGCCGGGCACGCGCUUCGCCUCCCACCAGGUCCUCAGCCAGGCUGAUGCGCGGCCGUGGCAGCUUCACCACAUGAUGCCUUCCGAUGGGCGGUUCCGGAUCGUGGUGUUUGCGGGGAAUAUCGGGGACGCCGCGCAACUGGCAAAGGUAAACGAGCUGGGAGCCUGGCUUGGCUCGGAGCUGCUGCCAAAGUACCCGACCAUGGCAUUAUCCGUCGGGUCUAACCCUCACGGGGCCAUCGCAAAGUUCCGCACGGAGCGGCAGCCGAGCAUUAUCGAUGUGCUGCUGGUGCAUUCGGCUCCGCGCGAGGAUGUUGACAUGUUGAAGGACCUGCACGAGACCUAUCAUCCGUUCGACCUCAAGUUGGGCUGGGAGUAUGGCAAGGUGUUUGCCGACGGUCCAAGCUAUCACGAGGGUGACGGCGAGGCAUAUCGGAAGUAUGGUGUUGACAAGCAGCACGGCGCGGUCGUCGUUGUCCGACCGGAUGGAUAUACUGGCCUAGUAACCCAGAUAGGGGCUGAGGGAUGGAAGGAGACCGAGAAGUGGUUUGGAUCAGUCCUGCGGCAGUCUUGA